GUGGCUCGCCGCGGCCUGGACGCCUCCCGCUGCGUGGAGAAGUCCGAUCUGGCCGGCCUGCUGCGCAGCGCGGAGGCCGCCGAAGUGGAGGAGAUCCUGCGGGGCUGCGCGCUCGAGAGGUACCUGCCCAGACUUCGGGAGCUCGGCCUCGACAGCGUGGCCUCGAUCGGCGGCAUGCGGGAAGAGGACCUGCGGGUCCAGGUCGGCAUGCUCGCCGGGCACGUGCGGAGGCUGCUGGGGGCGCUCGAGCUGCACAGGGCGGGCGCCGAGGGCGCCGCGGGCAGCGCCGCGGCCGCGGGCGCCGCCGACGCCAAGGGAGCCGCGGCAGCGAACGCCUCGGCAGCGGCA